AUGGCUAUUAUUGAUAAAAGUAUACCACCAUAUAGAGGAAAUUCAAGUGUUUUUGCUUUGGAUACAUCACGACCAAAUCCCGGUUUUGAUUUUCGUCCUCAAAUAAGUAUUGAAAAAACUUUAAUAAAAUAUCGUUCAUCAUAUCGUGAUUCAUGGGGAGAUCAUAAAGGUUGGGGUGUUUAUAAGGAACAAUUAGAUCAAUAUUUAGCUUAUUAUACUGAAGCUGAUGUUCAAUAUCAACAAGCGAUUGAUUGUAAUGGAGUUCCAAUUGAAAAACUUCGUCCACAAUUUUAUCAAGGAAAAUCAUGUCUUUUUGAUAUAAAUAUAUUUAACAAGAGUGAAACACCAUGUGUUACACAGAGAAAUUUUCAAUAUGAUCGUGGUUGUCCAUGUGUUCUCUUAAAACUUAAUAAAAUUUAUGAUUGGGAACCAAUUACAUAUCAAAAUGCUGCUCAACUACCAGAACAAUUUAAAGCUUUAUGGACAAGUAAAUUUUCUGAUUAUAUAUUAGUUCAAUGUAAUGGGGAAAAUGACGUUGAUCAAGAUUUUAUCUAUGAAAUCAAAUAUUUUUCCCAAAUGAAUACAAAAACAAUAGGUGAAUUUCAUCGAAAUUUCGUUCCAUAUGUUAAUCAAGAUGGUUAUCGAAGUCCAUUAGUUUUUGUUUAUUUUAAAAGAAUUGGAACAAAUGUUUUAAUUAAUGUUGAAUGUCGUGCUUAUGCACAAAACAUUGAUCAUAAUGAUAAUCUAGAAUAUAGAACUGGAAGUGUUCAUUUUGAGCUGAUUGUUGAAUGA